AUGUUACCGGAUAUAGUGGCACUGACUCUGGAAUCUGUAGUUCUGACUCUAAUGCUUUCAUUUUCACUAGAAUGUGCGCAGCCUUCUGCAAUCCUCAAACGAUGCUGAGCAGGCAGACAGAAUUAGAGCAGAUGUGUUAAGCGUACAGCAAGCCUUUGACAGUGUAAGGACGUGGUUUCCACAAAUAUAAUUUAAACAGGUCGAUCGAAAACUUCCUGGAUUCACUCAGGAUUUCCUCAGGGGUUUCAUGGAACGCUUUGGAUUCAAGACCGUUCUGGACGUGGAAGAAAUGACUUUGCGGCUGUCCUCGAUGGAUGUGGAAAGUAAGGCAUACAUACUCUGAUAUCCUUUUAAGUUCCACACUACCUUUCAAGCGUUCCUCACUGCCAAGUACUAGAGAAAAAUGCGGCUGAUUUAAAACAUGUUCUAAGCCGAAUCCCUACCGAGAUUGGUCAUCGAAAUGAAUUCAUUGCGCUCAUAAAGUAAGAAUUUUCCCCCUAAUGGCCCAUCUUUAGACAAAUUGCUAAUGCCAUUAAAAACCUCUUGGACUGCAUUAAUCUUAUUCUCAAUGCACUCACACCUGGGGUGACCAAACAAGGACUUGAUGAGCACAUGCGUAAUUUCGUCGAAUACUCUCGAAAGUUUAGUAGUGCCCUAAAGAAGUUCUUCCGCGAUCAUGGGUACGUUUUUAGUAUUCGAAGUUAUUUUUUGACUUGUAUCUUGCCUUUGACGUCAACUAAGCGCAAACGUUUGCCAAAUGAACAAUCAGCCGGGUUAGCGGGUACUUCGUCUGCGUCAGGCAACGAUUACCAACCCUUUCAGGGCACGAUUGUGGCUACCGCAUGAUCUUUUCAUGGGGGAAUAGAACUGCUCAAAGUUUACCCCAGUAAUUCUCCUUACGUCGACUAUAUGCGAAUGAUAAGACAAGGUAAAAGCGGCCUGAGGUUACCAUGGGCGCUGUGGCUAACAAAGUUGAAUAGCUCGUUUGUAUGUAUCGCGCACGACGUGGUCUCUAGCUAUAGACUAAUUGCAGUUCGAAAAAAAAAAAGUUGCCGGGCAACCUUUAAGUGAACGUCCGGCAACAGGCAUAUUUAAAAGGGGUCCUUGUGCCGUGCCUCUCAAGUUUUGAGAGCUGAGUUGUCUAGUCAGUUGGACACCUUGAGUAUAAGUAUUAGAUGGACAAGUUUGCAUAUCCAACUCAGGUGGCAGAUUUUUAUUGACCCGAGAUCGACUCCUUACACGCGACCUCGAUGCAGGGCCCCAUUUUAUCUUCCGUUGGCAAAUUGGAGAAGGUGAUCGAAUAGUGGACUACUCAAAAUGCACACAAAGGGUGUUGUGACAUGAUAACCAUUGUUUGCACUACAAAUAUCGCCUUUGUGUGCUCAUAAGGCGCUCUAUGGCAUCGUAAGUAGCGAUGUCUGUGCCCUUUUCUUGAACGCAUGGAUUUUUAGCGCAAGACAAUAUUUACAUGCGUCGGAUGACUACUUCAGAAGCCAUUUGAUCUUUUUUGUUUCUAAAAACGUCAAGAAACAUCCCUUUGUCGUGUUGUCAAACGUUACGUUUCUACCAAGACGAAGGAUUCAUUCGCCUUCCGGGCCUGGAAUUCCGAUAUUCCCGAAACAGGAGUGAAUCGAACCUCUAUCGAACUGUUUCUCCUCCGAAACCAGAAAUAGAAACAACGUAAACUCCUUUAACCUGAUCAAACGGUGCAUCACCGAAAAUGAUGUUUAAAAAUCGAACUGACUAGAAUAGUUAGGCGGCAUUCAUUAUUCUAUCUGAGGAAAUUAACCUGAACAGUACAAGACACUGAAUGUGGCACACUUCUUCGGCAUUCUUAACCCUUUUAUAUAUGCGAUUAUUUUUGAAAAGCUCAAUGAUGUAUUUGAGCUCAGAAAUAUAAACGCAAAACUAGAUUAAUAGGUUUACCAACUCUUAUGCCUAGAAACCUUUCAGUGCUACUAUAGACCGUGGUUCAGACAUCCUUCCGCACUUCGGAAAUGCCGUGAGCUUGGGUCAGAAAAGUUAUUGAGCUACCGUCGUGCAUAGAAACAAGUUAAGCAACUCAGAUGCUGUUCCCCGAAGCGAUUCGAAGUUUGCCGAAGUCAUGAGAGCGUCGCGUAGGUAACUCCCAUAUGUUUUUAAUGGUGACAGGCUUGAAUAUCGUAGUGCCAGUGUUGUUGUAGGCGCGGUUUACGCAAAGGAGCCCGGAAAGCCCGAUGCGAGUCACACGUUGUAAGCCUGAACACUUGAAAAUGUUUGCGUCAGAAGCACUACUGGAUUUUUCGGUUUUGCGUUUUUGUCGCAUCUACCUUGCCUCCUAUUAUCAGUUGACGUCGAAUUCUGUUGCUUCGUUUGCACAGCAGCACUCCAUGCCUCAAUACUGGGCGGGGAUUCAUCAAGGCCUUCUCUGACCUUUCAUCCCCUGUUUGUAGGCGCUCGUAGUAGUGUCACCGUAGAACGGUCGUUAACGAAGGCACUGAGCUGGCAUCCUCAUAACGUGACUGCUCUAUUAAACUGAUUCUUUUGCAACUCCGCAGAGUUGUCGAGCAUGCCAGCUAAUAACAAGACCGGUCCCCGUUCAUAUCCACAAUCUUGGGAAAAUCUAAACACUUGGAAGUUUUUUACUCGUACUCGGUAGAUCACCAUUAAGCGAGCACUUAAUAGGCAAGUGUCGUCAGAACGACGUCUGUAUGCAUAAUCAACUUGACGUUGAUCAUUUCGCCACCCCACAAAGUCUAGAAUUGUUUAGAAAUUCCUAACUGUUGUUUCUUCGUUGGUUCCGUAUCCUGUUAAGAUUGCGUUUCGCGAGUAGAGAAGACAGAUCCACAAGUACAAAUUUCUGGUCAGUGUUAACCGUAGGUUAAAUUUAUUUCUCGGUUGGCGCCACUUUUUGCGUGGAAUAUAUUUGACUUUUUCUGACAGCCUUGGUGAGUCCGGAGACAAGGAGGCCCAGGCUACACUACAUGUCUACUGCGGUUGUGAUGAUAAAUUCUGUUAGCUAAUGUAAUUUCGUGCAUCGUACCUUUGGGGACCUAUUAUAGUCGUUUAGGUCCUUUUAUCAUGGUGAACGUUUGCCAGUAUCGUGAAGUCGCCUGGGAUGAGUACGUAAUCAGGCUUUACCCCGCUUAUCAUUACAGAGGUUUCCUGUGUCGACCUGUAGAUGUUUCUGAGCAAUCCCUACCCUAUCGACUUCAUUAUUCUGGCAAACUGAAGGCCUCUGAUGACGCCCGCCCUGUUGACCGUUUGUUUCAACAACGCACCCGAGGGCCCAUCCAAAUUACAAUUUUUGUCUUGGGCCAGUAACUGGUAUCUCAUCCCUUGUGCCUAUGGCAAGGGUUACAUGCGAAAGCGAUCCAAAAUCAUACAUUCGUGUAUUUUGGCCAAAGCCAACUCACUUUAGUCCUUGGUCCCUGAGUCAACCAAAUGUCCGAAACGAAAAUUACUAACCCAUCUGCCUUCGAAUUAGUUUGCACAUCCUUCUGUUCCCCAAACACCCCCGACAACUUCUAAAUCUUCAUUUGGAGCUUACUUUGCCUUAUUGUCACCCUCCAUAACUCCCGGCGAACUUUUGUGGAAGUGGGGUGGUCAGGAAUUCAGAUAUUCGGGCUAAGUAGGAAAAGCAAAAUUUCCACCCGAACCAUUUUGUAGGCGGAUGCAGCCUAUGGCAGCAACCUCAAGUCUCCCCUGCCGGUCGCAAUUUUAUCACAGAGUGCUUUUCUCCUCUCGUUCGCCACUGCUUUUUACAAGUUGUUACAAAGUUCCCUAGAUCUUUCACGUGAUUACAGUUUGUGCUUGCGUCUAAAGACAUCCUCUUACUGUUAUGGAAAACUGAGACGGUCGUGCUUCAGUGCCUCGUGCGUUUCGUUACUUCCACUUCCCACUGAUGGUUUCAGCCGCCAGAUUCUGCGAUAUGAAGUAGAGGGGUCGCGUCUAAUUCUGCAAAGGUGUUGUUUGCAUUGAUUUAAAUCCCGCCAAGCUCUUGCAGAAAAUACAUUAAGUUAAAAGCUAUAUGGGAAUUUCACGUGUCAAAUAACCAUCUAACCAUGUUACAUUUGAAUGUGUGGCCCAAUGACCCAGUGAGCCGCAGGGGCACCGACUAUUCCAUAGGACUUUGCUAUGGCCGUAUCUGCCAAUGGAAUGGCCCAGACUUUAGGCUCGACGUCAGUAUCUUUAUUGACUGGCCUACGAAAUGUAUGUGUCAUACGAAUCAUCUGGGGGUUUAUUUCCCUUCUUGUCUCACGUACUAUAUAAAAUUUCUUGCAUUUCCAGAUGUGGUAAGUAGUUAUUGUAACUUACUCGACGCUGGACGCCCAGUUUAUGGAAACUAUUUUAGCAGCAUAGUGCUUCAUUCAUUUAUUUUCUUCAAUCCGACCACUUAUUUUUCGCUAGCUUGACUGUCUCCGUUGUAUCACUAUUAUCUGUCCGAUCCUUCAGACGUUUCACCGGUUUGGUGGUCCCCACUCCAUGUCUAGAUGUUAAUUUUGUGCAUAACGCGUGAGGAGCCUGUGUGCUUGUGACCGCGAAACCUCGUUAUCACAAUUUUCGUGCCGUUAUCCUGUUUCGGGAAAAGCAUUUUCAACAGUGCGCUGCAUCUACUCUUUCGUCGUAAUUUCACCGUUGCCGUCUUUGAACCAAAAACUGGACUUCAAAAUUUCAUUGAACCCGUUGCUUCUGCUUUUCUUUGCUAUUUCGGUCACUUUCUACUUAUACGUAUUGUAGAUAAGGUCUACUUAGAGAUACUUCUGUUAUAGAGCAUAAUUUAGCGUUACAUCAAAUGGAACAGCAUGCUUGCUUUAGGCUGAUAAUAUACGUAACUGCCUGCUUUCGAAAAUAUCCCCUUUUACUUGGUGUGCGCUUUGUCCAUUUCCGAUUUUUCCUGGAAUGUAUUCGCGAAAGUUCUACUUCCUAUACUGCUUUCGUAGAAAAUGAUGUCAUGUCCCGGAAAGGGGAUAUUUCCUUUAAUUAAGUAGUAAUGCUAAUGGUUACUGUGCUGGCCUUAUCAUAGUAAGCGGAAUAUACUAUUAGCUUAUUGUUAUUGUUGCUUGCCAAAUGAUCCACACAUUUUCCGCUAUCUCGCAAGCGUCAGGUCUUUUUCAAACACUAUAAUGCAAAGUAGCGUGCUUUCAACUACCACGUAUACCACGCAACGGGGAAGCUUUGGAAACCGUUAAAAGGCUGCCUCUUUUAAAGAACGCAUGAUUUCCUGACUCGAGUUCUUACAAAGAAUCUAUCAGAGGUUAGAUCCUCGGUCGUCUUUUAGCAAGUGUAAUAGAUUAGUGCUGGCAGUGCGUAGUCUGCAUGCCUAAUCCGUUAUUAUUUUCACCUACUUUAUCGAAAUUAACUGGACAGGAUUUCGAUCGAAGACCCCUUUGGAAUGUUUUGCUUAAUUUCUCUCCGAUUUUCGCGCCUUUUCAACCGUGGAUCCUCUUCCUGUACGAUUGUUCAAAUGAUACUGGUUGCUCGUCACUGUGCGAUUGUGCGCAAUAACUCUAGGUCGAAGCUUCAAGGCAAUGCAAACUCUUGUUCCGUCUUGUGGUCAGGAUAAAUGGGUAAAUGCUAAAGGAGUGGCGUCCACUAGUCCUGGUCUCGGGACAGAAUUUAUCACCUUCAUUUUCUUUUGACUCCUUUUCCUGCUGUCUUUUAGGUCUACCGAGUUGUUCGCAAGCGCCUACAUGCUAGUUCAGCAGACCAAUCUGAUCCUCCUGUUCAUACGCAAUAAGCGCUGA